AUGGGGUGCCAUGGAAGCAAGGAGGAGACGCCGACAUGCCAGGCUCCUCGAAAGAUGUGGAGAUCAUUCCCUCCCUCGACGCCGAGCUCGGCGCAACGGCGGUUAAUAGAGGGUCUGCAGGACCUCAAGAGGCAGAUGGCCGAGGAGAGUGGCGAGAAGGAGUCGUUUUCCUUCACCAAGAUCAUCCUCAAGCUCGGCACCAUCGAGAAGAUUCUGCAGCGGAUCAACGCCGUGUUCAAGAGCGUCGAUCACGGCAACAAGGGGCACGUGACCAAGGACGAGCUGAAGGAGGGGCUCCACAGGGCGCACGUGGACCUGGGCGACGAGUGGGAGGACACGAACAUCGACGACUGCCUGCAGCACCUCCAGGGCAGGGACGACAAGGUCGGGCUGCGGGAGUUCGUGGUGAUGCUUGCGGUGGGCCGGGUGUGCCGCCCUCUGAAGCGGAGGUCGAGCGUAUUUGUGCCGCUGCAGGAGGAGCAAGAGGGGGGGGGUGCAACGGAAGGGGGCCUGCGGAUGGACGAUAUUGUCAAGAAAACGAUCGAAGAGGAUGAAGUCCGAAGGUGGGCACAAAUCCCGAGCCUCAUGUCCAUCGACACGUCAGUGCGCGGGCUCUCGCGGGGCCUCUCAAGAUCCGGACGAUCGAAUUCAGCCACAGGGGGUCGUGGCGGCGCGGGCGGGAAUGAAGUGGAUGUUUCGAUGAGCGUCAAGUACGUGUUGGACCUGUUCAUCGCGGCCUACUUCCAGUUCGACAAGGAGGGGCGUGGGUUCAUCACGAAGAGCACGAUCGAGAAGACCCUCCGGAAGAGCGAGAAUGAGCCUGGCGUGAGCGGCCUUCUGGACAAGAAGCGGUGGUCGGAGGCGGCAUGGGACGUAUGUGUGCAAGUGUAUUGACCUCGACUGCUGUGGUGAAACAUUUAUCUAAGGUAGCAUGCGGCACUAGCGAAGGAUUUGUAUGAGCUUGGCUGUGGUGAUAAUUUUUAUCGUGGGAGGCGUGUAUGUGCAUGCAUGUGGUACACGAUGAAGGGAAGGGACCGCUGGCAUAUGUUUCGUGCUUCGUCGAGUCCACGGCCGGCCGCGAUAGGAACAAAGGAACGAAAGUGCGGCCUGCUGUAGACACCGGGACGGGGCAUACCGACCUGUUCCCUUUGACGGGAGUGGCGUUCUGCUAAACUAGUUUUCUUCUCGCGGCGAUGACGCUUUGUCCUUGAGCCAGCGGGCAUUUCGUGAGAUAACACACCCCCUUGCGCCGGCCAUGUUGAAUGAACCGAUCCCCGUCGCUGUGGGGUACAGAUUGGAAUAUUCUCUUCCUUUUUUUUCUUUUUUGACUGUCGCGUGCGAUACGUACACUUCACGUACCAGUUUUUUUCGUUUUUGGUCAACACACAAUACGAGAGGGGCCCAAGGGCCCCGUGUCCACAGCCACCCUUCAACGCAGGUGUAAUACAACAUGUACGUACGUACGACAUACGCAGGUUGCGUUGGCGUGUGUUGUGUGUCUUGUUUUAUAUGGUAUAUAUAUUUUUUAUUGGUGAAAGGCGCGGUCGAGUGCAUCUGUACCGUCUGUGUCCUUUCUUUGAGUGGGGUGUGGCGCAGCCGUAGCCUGGGAUGAUCGGAUCGCCUGCUGUUGUUGCUAAGUGACUUGCUUGGCGAAAUGGCAAAUGUAUGUGUGCUACUCUUUCCAUGUGGCUUACGUCCACAACGAAGGACGCAUCGGGGACGGAGGGCGGAGAAAGGGGAGGAGUAGUAGUGUUUUGUGUGUUCUCUUCCAACAGAACACAACAAUUCGAAACUUACUUCCGCCUUUUCUAUUUUGUUUUUUCUCCUGCUUUGCGUUGAUUUCACUGUCGUCAUGCCACGCGUUUGUGAUGAUGUUUCGAUCGUCCUGUGUACUUUUAUGUUUGAUUUUCGAAGUGUGUGUACCCCUUUUUGAAGGUGUAGGUGCCCUUUUUGGGGGUACAGCAGUAUGAUAUAAAUACAGUUGGCC